AACACAUUUACUUUGGAACUGAAUCAUAGGUUAAUACAUACUUAUCAAAGCUAAAAGGAAUAAUGAAUGCGCUUACGUGGCAGUUUUAAGACCUCUUAUCGGGUGGUGUACUUCACGCGCUUUUGAGAGCGUGGUUGGGAAAGUAUCUGUCAGAAUCCUCUGCUGCUCCAACUCAGUUCUCCUGGGCUGUACAAACGUGUUUUCACACGUGUCAUCUUCUCUCUCGUGUCUUGACUUCCACUGACCUUCUGGACUCAGAAAAACAGAGAUAGAGAGAGGGAGAUCAGACCCAGUUUUAGAGAGAGAAAUACUGGUUUCCAGAGAGGGAAAGCUAUUUGGAUUGGUGGGGUUGGCUGUGUGUUUGGGGGAGGUUCUCCAUGAAAGGCGAAUCAAAGAUGGUUUUCAAGUCAAAGAUGAAGUGGGUUGGCCUUGUUGGCCUUGUGCUCUCUGCUUUCUCUAUAUUCAUCCAUUUGCUCCUUGCUAGAUACACCGAGGAUGGCAUUUCUGACUACCAGUCUUCCGUCACUAUCUUCUCUUGGCGACCCAUUUUUGAGAAUGCAGAUCUUCCCAGAACUGUAAUGUGCACUCACACCCCCUUAAAGAUCUCACCUUUCUCUUUCUGUUUCCUCGGUUUCCCUUUAUUUUCAAUGUCCAUGUGGUUGUCUUGUGGUUUGAAUUUUGAUCCUUGCUCAAUGCUUUGAUGGUUUUCUCCAGGAUUUCUUUCUGGGUUUGGAUGUUCUGUUUGAUUGGUGUUGUGGGGGAGUUGUAUUUUGAGUUCUGUUCUUUUUUCCGUAAUGGGGCGGACAGUGCUGUUUUGGGUAAUUGGGUUUUCUUUUUCUUAACCAAAUAUUUCUUUUUGGUUUUUCGCUUUAUGGUCUGUUUGGUAGGGGAGAAAAAGUAGGAAAAGGGAAAAAAUGAAAUAAAAUUCAAUUUUUAUUAUUUGGGGCCUGGGAAACUUCAAAGCUCCAUUAUACUGAACCUAAUUCAACCAUGUAGAUUAGUGUGCAUGAAAAUUUUAAAUUUAGGUUAUGAAAAUGACAUGAAGUGUGAGAUUCAAAAUUUAAUUUUUUUUCUAAGGUCGGUCGUAGUCUUUUAUGCUUUGUUUGGAUCUGCUGAAAUCAUACCCACCAAGAGUCCAUUGCAUCGAAAAUUCUGGGGUCCGGUAAGGCGUUUUGAACCUUUAAAUCCAGAUGCAAAUCCCAGAGGAUACUAUGCUGCAGCUCCCCCUUUGCAGACAAAUGGCUAUAUUUUUGUCAGGAUACAAGGGGGAUUUCAUGAGAUCAGGAAUUCGAUCUCAGAUGUUGUUGUGGUUUCUCGGCUUCUAAAUGCUACUCUAGUGAUUCCUGAAAUUCAAUCAACCACAAGUAGCAAGGGAAUCAGUUCUGAGUUCAAGAGUUUUGCAUAUCUAUAUAACGAGGAUCAAUUCAUGAUAGCAUUAGCAAAAGAUGUGAAAAUUGUGAAAACCCUUCCAAAGAAUCUCAAAGAAGCAAGGAGAAAGAAGGAGAUACCCAUGUUCAGGGUGCCUCACUCAGCAUCUCCCUAUUUUUAUCUGCGCAAUGUUCUACCGGUGCUAAACAAGCACUCAGUUGUUGAACUAGUAGUUUCUGAUGGUGGAUGCUUGCAGGCUGUCCUCCCACCCAACCUUGAAGAGUAUCAGAGGCUAAGAUGUAGAGUUGCUUUCCAUGCUCUACGAUUCCGACAGGAGGUCCAGGAACUUGCAACUAGAAUUUUAAAUAGGUUACGGGCUCCUGGACGUCCAUUUAUAGCCUUUGACCCUGGGAUGACCAGAGAUGCUUUAGCAUAUCAUGGGUGUGCCGAACUCUUCCAGGAUGUCCAUACUGAACUUAUUCAGCACAAAAGAUCAUGGAUGAUAAAACGUGGGAUUGUCAAAGGGAAGCUUUCUGUAGAUUCGGCAAAGCAACGACUUAAUGGUUCUUGUCCACUCAUGCCAGAGGAGGUUGGUAUUCUUCUUCGUGCUUAUGGAUACUCAUCAGACACAAUCAUAUAUGUUUCUGGGGGAGAAGUUUUUGGUGGACAACGGACAUUAAUUCCUCUACACGGGAUGUUUGAGAAUGUUGUUGACAGAACCUCCCUAAGCACUGGUUGGGAGCUCAAUAGAAUAUAUGGUCUUGAGGUUAAAAUUGCCACCAAUACUCCUAGGAUCCCAACUUUUGUUCAGGAAGAAAUGAAACUUGAAGCAUGGAAAAAUUCUGGUCCACGUCCUCGCCCACUUCCACCACCUCCAGCCAGGCCUAAAUAUCCAUACAACAUUGAAGGUUGGUGGGGUUGGGUAGCUGAGAGUGAUAAUGAGCCUGAUCGUACUGUCAUGGAAUUGAGGACUAAUGCUCAUAAAUUACUAUGGGAAGCAAUUGACUAUGUGAUAUGUGUUGAAGCUGAUGUGUUCAUUCCUGGAUUUGAUCGUGAUGGCAAAGGACAUCCUAAUUUUGCAAGCUUAGUGAUGGGGCACCGGCUCUAUCAGUCAGCUGCAUCCAUAACAUACAGGCCUGACAGAAAAGAAGUUGCCAAGCUUUUACAAGAAACACGUGACCACCUAUACCAAGCAAAUCGGACAUGGCUAACAUCAGUGCGCAUGCAUCUGAGAAAAAGCUUAUUUGAUGGGCUAACAGAAGCAUCUGCAAAGUCAAAGCUACUAUCUUUUCUUUCACAUCCAGUUCCUGAAUGUUCUUGCUUGAGGUCCAACCUUAACGAAAUACCAUUUCCUGGUUUGAGUCCUCCAUCUCAAGCUCAAGCUCAGGCUGCUCUUGGAGCUGUGCAUCGUUGCCCCGCUUGGAUAGAAAAUGCUUUAAUCCCGCGGCAAAGAGACAAGGACAAUGAUGAGGAUAUUGAUGAGGAUGAUUCCACAUCAUCUGGACUGUUCUUUCGGCCUAGAGGUGGAAAUCAUGAAGUUGGAGGUGGAGAAAUAAACAACAAAGAAGAAGCUCAAUUAGAGGACCAAGAAGAACUUGAGGGUGCAGAAAGAUGAGAAAGGCCAAAUUGAGUUCAGCAGCAGCUGCCUUGAUUGCUGUUAAUGUAUAUAUAAAUUGUUCUGAGUCCGUGGAAGGCUGGAAAGUAUUUCAGGUCUCGGUUCUCUGCAGCAUGAAUCAAGGUUCUAACUCAUAGAAGCCCCUUAUUUUUUGCUCAAGUUGGUUUAGAUUGAUCGGGUCUGUCUUGAAGCACAUCUCAUUGGAUUCUGUAGUUUAGCAAAGCCCUUUCUAGGAAAAAAGUAUAGUCCUCUUUUGCUAAUGCAACCCCACCACCAAUUUUGAUGUAGGCAAACAUAUUUUCAAUAGAAAACCUAAGGUUUUUGUUUAUCUUGUAUAGGGAGCCGGUGGGCAUUUUGACUAUUUGCAUGAUGAGGUGCCCAAGCUCCAUAAAAGAUAUAGAUGCAUCUGAGUUCUGCAUAACCUCUAAUCGGAUAUUUUGAGUUUCUGCUUUCCAAUCCUACAAUCUUAGUGUUUUUAUAUUUGCCUUUA